CCAAACAACGCGAACAAAUCAAGUCCUUAAAUCAAGAGUUAGAUGAAACCAUUGACCAAGCCAGUCAAGAAAUCAAUCAAGGAGACACUGAAAUCAGUCAAUUACGCACUAAAGAAAGUCUCGAAAGAGAACUUAAAUUAGCCCGGAUUAACCGCCCUACUUUACCAACUACUACUAAUAAUUAUGAAACUAAACUCGACUACUUCCAAACUGCUCUUUAUGCUCUCUUCAUCUAUCUCUAUUACCAAAAGCAAAACCCCUUGGCUAACUUUACCAAUACCGGUUCUGCUACUCCCCAAGAAAUCCAAGCAGUCAAAAAAGUCAACCAAAUCUUUGCUGACUUCUGUAAAAAUGAAAUCGGAGGUCAAGAUAUCAAUGAAAUCCGCACUAAAUUAAAUGGUCGCACCCUCACCGAAAUCUUGGAAGAAAACGAAGACUAUGAAACUAAAACCGAUGAACUAACUCGUAAAAAAGAAGAAAAAAAAGAACUCCAAACCAAAGUUAAGAACAAAGCCAAAUUAUUAGAUGAAGAGCAAUUAGAAGCCAAAAAGUCAGAAGCAAAAAUUACUA